AUGCCCCUGUUGGAGCUUGUCAAUGCCCCUGUUGGAGCCAUACGCGUUGAGGGGACUCGCGACGGCACGAGGCACGUGGACGCCCUGCCGGACGCGGAUUCGACCCUUGCCGGACGCCCGGAUUCGCGGGUCGAAUCCGCGUUCGGAGAACGGAAAGGAGAUCGCAAACGAAAGUGGGCGGGGCUGGAUAUCCCGUUUCCGCACACAGAAGGGCAUUCGGCACCGGUCCGCCACACGUACCUCCCACCGUCUUCGUUCCUAGGACUCGUGUGCCUGUGGUUCUUCCAAUGGGUCCUGCUCUCGUCCGGGGAGAACAUCCUCCAGGCGGCCUGGAAGAUCCUCAGGGACCCAAACGAGACGGUGUUCCGCCUGACCCGACCCCAAGACCGAUUCCAAGUGGAACGACCCCACCUGCGCUGCACUUCCGCCGGCGAAUGCUCCCCGGACGAGGGCGACCGCGCCCAGCUGCCCAACCUCCGGCUGCUCCUCGUCGACCUCUUCAACUCCCCCAGAAAUCACCUCACGAAUGACUCCCUGAAGGAGGAAGUGGCCCGGUCCAUCCUCUCCCUCUUUCAGGAAUUUGAGCUUCGGACCGGAAUCCAGGAGUUCGACCCCGAGGAUUUCCCGGAUCCGGUGGCGGCUCGGACGGGGAACCAGUUGGAACUGGAGACCCAAGGGAAGAACAUCAUCGGGGUGCUCCCGGGGAUCAACUGGGGGACCAGGGAGGACGAGAUCACCGUGGUGGGGGCGCAUUACGACACGGUGCCCUUCACGAGGGGUCUGGACGAUAAUGGGUCUGGGGUCGCUGCGCUCAUCGAGACGGCGAGGGUGAGUCUGGGGGUCACGGUCCUCGGUUUUCGGGUCGGGCUCGAAUCACGGAAGAGCAAGGGAACGAGAAGCCAAGCAUUUGCUGAAUAUAAUCUUGUCCUCUUGACACUGGUGGAGACUGAGGAGAAGAGGAAAAAGCUGGAGACCGAGAGAGAUGAGAGAGCAUUACGUCUAUCCACGAGGCUGUGUCCGACGGGGAAGAGGAAUGGAUCCGAGGACGACGAGACUCCACUCGAAAUACGCCACCGGACUCCCAACGUCAAAAAAGGAAUCCUUACUCAAAGUUACCAGAACGACAUCGCGGAGAUCGGGCAUAAAGGUCGGAGAACGCGAAGGAGAGUGACUCCCGUUUUUGCGAUCCAUAGCUGCCAGGGAGACAGAACGAAUUCGGGGACGUACCUCAUUCGUUCUGAAUGGAUCUCGGGGCAUUCCCAGAAGAUGGGAACGGCCCCUGCCCGUCGUGGAUUCUGUGAAUUCAGUCGGAAGCGGAAGACAGGACGUGCAGAGGAGAACGUGGAAAAGGCCUUGGAUUCCCUACUUCGGCAAGGGAUCACCCAAGACUUCGGCAAGAAACUCGAGGAAUGGCAACGGAUGAAAGCUCGAACGGGAAAUGGGAAAGAGUCUGGCAAAGGAAACGGCGUGGACGAUCUCGAUCCCUCCGUCUCGCGGACUGGGCGAUCGAAGAGCGAGUCGUGCGCGACACCGAUCCGCAUGAACGAGAUCUCCGGAAGAGUCCUCCGGGAGAUCGUUCCCGCCGAUCGUUUGCGUCGUUCUGGCGAGACGACAGGGAUAGACGACGACUUCCUUUCGGGAGUUCCUCUUCCCGUCGGGUUCCACCGGUGGGCGACGGAAAGAGGCAUCCUGGCAUUCCGACCGUGGAUAGAAAGAACGGAAGGGUCUCUCCUCCAGCAUUCCGUGCAACGUGGGAGCCGGUGGAGCGGUGUGACGCUCAGUCCUAAGGAGGAACGCAAGAGAGGGAGGAAGAAAAAAGACAUGCAGUGGUUGGAGAAAGAACUUCACAAGAUCGAAAAGGAGAAACAGAGGCUGGAGAAGGAACGGGAGAAAUAUCGCGAGAGGGAAGAGAGGCUGGAGAAGAUUCGAGAGGCGAUGCAGGGACACGGCCCCGAGGGCAAUCGGGAAGUCCUCGUGCGGACUUCCACGGGAGAAUACCAGGCGGGUCAGGAGGCAGGAAAGAUAGCUGGCUUCUAUCCAGGGGAGCUGGGGUUGCACACGGUCCAGAGAGAUGCCGGUUGA